AUGUCUCUGUGAGCCACCGUAAAUAGAUUACAGAGGAUUCACUUAUUUAAAGACUUGAGCAAAAAGCUCUGCUGUUUAUUUUUGGAUUAUCCAGGAAUACCACAGGAACAACAACAAAAGCGCUCAGAGGCACUAGUGGCAUCUAAUAGAUUCUACCUUUGCCCUGUGGGACAGUUGUGUGUGUGGCAGAGCUGCCAGGCAGUUAGAGUCUUAGUGGGUCAGCUGAGCGUGGUCUUUGCUUUCUGCACCACUGAGCUGGGAUCUCAUUUGAAUCUGUCCUGCUGGGUUUGCUGAGCCAAGAGGCUGUGUGUGUACAGCCACUGAUCAUGUCCCUCAGACUCCUUCCUGCUAUCGUUAUGGAAAACGAUGAGGAUGAUGAUGGGAACUUUACCAAAUGGAUGAGUAGUUACUGGGGUCACGGAACAGACGCCGGACAUUCCAGAGAGAGAAAACGCAGCUUCAGACGGCCUACGAAAGCACAGAUUAAUCGUAGAGCAUCACUCCCUACUGUGACACAAUUAGACGCCAUGAAGCUAAGCAAGAUCCACACAGUGACCAAGGUGCCCAUUACCAAAAUAGGAGAAGAGAAGGGGGAGGUCAGGCCCCACCAGAGGGUUUAUCACACCUCCUCGGAUGAAAACCGGCCCAAGAUGGCCAUCCCAGAGGGCCGCAUCACCCCCAUCCUAGAGAUCACAGAGUCCUUCCAGAAGGGGCUGUGCUUCAAUGACAAGAGAACCAUGUCUCUGAGUGAUAAAGACAAGGUGUGCCUGAUUUGUCAUGAAGAUAUGUGUAAGAGUGCUGAGAGAAUUCAAGAACUUCACUGUGCACACCGCUUCCACAAAGAGGAGGCCGGGAGGUUAGAGCAGAGUGUGCCACGCAGAAGCAGCGACACAGCAGCUGGUCUGCUCAGGAGGCUCUCGGUUCAAAGGAGGAAGUCUGCAGAUGGAUCAAUUUCCGCUGCAAGGGAGCAGCACACCCCACUUCGUCAGCUUUCCCUGCGAAGACAUCGCUAAAAUCUCUUAGUAGAAGGGUGCAAUCUUUGAAAAAAAGGAUUUUAAUGAUUUCUCCAAACAUCAGGAUUCCUUCAUGCUUAUUUACAACAAUAUGUAUGUUGUAUGUCCACGACAUGUCCCACAUGUCGUGUCUAUGUCUCCGUGAUACAGCCUCUCUACCGGUCUCUACUGGUCUUUGUCCCGGACUAUUGUCUGAAUCUGCAAAUCCUGAAAACUGCCCUAUGAGCUAUGUUGUUGUGGUCAGAUUUUGAUGUUCAAGCUAACCUCUUGCUCCUUGGGGUGAAAAACUAAAUUUGUGGUAGUUCAAAGAUUUCAAUUUAUAAUUAAAAGCACUUAAUUAUCAGAGAUAACUUGUGACUAGUUUUUGUGACUAUGUAAUUGAGGUCAUUUGAAUUUAAUACUUUCAAGUAUUAGCUGUACCAGAGGUUUUUUGAAUACUAUGAGCUUGUAGAGUUCCUGACAAAAGUAUUCAUACCGUUUAAACGUUUUGUCAUAUUACAACAAAAUUCAAUGUAUUAUCUUGGGAUUUUAUGUAAUAGACACAUACAAAGUCCUGCAAAAUGGUGAUUUGGAAGCACAAUAAAAAUCUGAAAAGUAAGGCAUGAAUUUGUAUUCAUUGAUUUUUCCAGAAAAGCUUAAACUUGGUUAGACAGGAUUUGAGCUUCAGUUUAAAGUCCUCUGACAGAUUCUUGGUUGGAUUUAGGUCUAGACUUUCACUAGGCCAUUCUAACACAUUAUUAUGAUUUGAAAUACACCAUUUAAUUGUUUCUACCGCUAUAUGUUUAGGGUCGUUAUCUUGCAGGAAAGUGAACCUCCAUCCCAGUCUUUAGUCUUUUGCAGCCUCCAGCAGGUACUUUAUGAAUGAUUACCGUGUAUUUAGCUCUAUCACGAUGCUGCACAAUUUUAGUUUUAUACCACAGAAAACAUUUUGCAUGUAGGCAAAAAAAAAAAAAAAAAGAAAUUGGUAUUUUAUGACCACAACCACUUUUUCCACAUUUGCUGUGUCCCCUGCAUAGCUUGUGUGUUAACUGCAAAUGGGAUAUCUAGUGACUUUAUUUUAACAAUUGCUUUUGGUUUUGCCGCUCCUCCAUAAAGGCCAGAUUUGUGGUGUGCACACAUAAUAGUUAUUUCUUCAACAGAUCCCUUUACCUGAGCUGUCAGUCUCAGCUCUGCAGCUCCUCCAGAGUUACUGUAAAGUUCCUUGGGUAUGAAUACUUUUGGAAGCUACAAUAUCUGGUGUAAAUAUUGUCUGUCAGCUACAACUUUGUAUUAAAGAAAUGCAUAUAAAAAGUAUAUAAAACAUCUGCAUAUGUGUAAAUAUCUGUGCAUGUUCAGAUACCAAGUUACUUUUGCUGACCUUGUUUUAUUACAGCCCAGGUGUUGACCUUGAGACCAUAUAAUGUGUUGUUAAAUUCUUCAGAAUGUUGGACUGUAUCUGUUUUAUCAGUUUUUAAACACAGGAAACUGUCUUUAUUAGGGAAUAAAGAAAACACGAGGCACAGUUGUCCUUCUCACUUACAGUCAGGGUCAUCCUCUAUCCUGUUGUACAUGUGCUUACUGCAGAUCAACAUGUGGGAAAUUACAUCCUGGCAUGACUGCAGAAAGUCAAUAUGUGCAUAAAUUACUGACUAGGUUAACCAAUAAAUUUAGUGUGGGUGA